AUGGAUCGCCAUAAAGAAUGUGAACGCGUUUUGAAAACAGCGGCCGUACAGCAGUGUAAGGAACGCGGAAAUCUCAUAAGGCAAGACUUUGUUACUAUCGCUACCGUUACCGCGGAAGAUGUGUUACCAGUGAACGAUGCUGGCGAGUUUGUUAGGCAAAUAAUCUCCGACAACGCCGCGGUGGACAAAGCGGUGUUGAGAGGAGCCUGUAGUAUUCUGCUUGACACCCUGGCACUCAUCAAACACAAGAAGGAGCAGUCUUCCAGCAAUGAUAACACCGCUUUCGACAAUAAAAGCACAUUAGCAUUUGUAUCAGGUGCUAUCAAAGGACAGCCAUUCCAAGAAAACAGCGUUUCUGCAAACCUAUGUCAUAUAGUGGAUCGGAACGGCAAUUCGUGUUUUGAAGAUCGUGAUGAUGGAGCUGUGUUCAACGAUUUUGACGAUGGAUUCUACGAGCUGAAUGUACUUCAGGACGAUGUUGUGGAAUCAUCAAGCGACGCCAGCGCCUCUGAUGACGAUCAGGAGGUGAUGAAUACGUACAUAACGUCGUAUAGAAACAGAUACGGCAAUCAAGCGCUUACUGUGCUCUCAGACAACGGUUCAACGAAGAAAACGCAUCAGGGGGGGAUAUUAAUAGAUGAGACUGCCAAAAUUCCGAGAAACUUGCAUAUGCAACAACUAUUCGGCGUGACCGGUCAAACACAUGCGGAUAUUGUUUCUAAUGCGUUUGAACCAUACUAUGAUCAUGGAAUAGUCUCAAAUCCGUCUACUAGAGAGAAUGGUGUGACGCACUACGUCGGUGGGAUGUAUCCCCCGCUUCACACCUACUACUCGAAGGAUGAUAAGGGCAGGACGUCCGCCGUGGGUUUAGUUUCUCAAAAUUGUCUGAGAAGAACAUUUUCCCCAAAAAAACAAAACUUUGCCGAUCGACUGCUUCAACAAAGUAAACAGAACAAAUCCGGCGCUAUGCCUUUUGCGCUGUUGGCUAGAGAUGCAGAACGUGGUAAUAACGGCAAGGACGCCUUAUUGAUAAACGAAACUGUUAUAAGACAUCACGCGUCACCGAUUGCUGCUCCGAUCGAGCACGUUGCAUUCAUAGGGAAGGAUAAGAUCAGAACUUUCAAAUGCAACAUUUACACCGCGCGAAUACUCCCAAAUAUGGUGGCGCAGCAACAGGAAGUGUGCUCAUCGCUGUUUACCUCGGAGGUUUCACAAGGACGCAUGCUAUCAAGAAUGGUUCAAAAACUAAUGCGGUACGAAUACGUUAAUAGUGGCACAGCCGCUAUGUGGCGGGGCUCUACGGAUGCCAUUGCAAAGGCCAUUUCUAACAUCGAAUGGGGUUGCCUCUGGCAGGACUGGAAUUAUUUCUCCGGUGGGCUUUUAACUGAAAUUGAUAUGCAGCGUAUCAAACAGCAUCUGAUGCUUUUGACUGAGCGUGGUAUCACUGACAAAACAACAAUUCUCAGAAACGUAUGCAGCGAGUUUGCUGCUCACUUAAGCAAAACCAAAGAAGCGAACGUACAGGGGGCGUCGAAUGUCACGGAAACUAUGCAGCAAAUCGUAUCAAAAUAUAUCGCAGAGGUCCUCGCUGCAUUCGAUGAACGAUAUUGCGAUCUGAGAAAUAUCAUUUACAUGGACCUUAGGUCCAUAAACAACCGAGGAUUCCAACAGACGGUUACAUCUAUUCUGGAGUCCAAAGGAAUUGAUGACGGAUUGAAAGCAGGCUCGCAUAUAAAGGAGUCGGUGGUGUACGUAGACAGGGAGAUUGAAACUAAGAUGAGGCUCGAGCUACUACCAACGCACCGAGCAGAAGCUGCGGAUCUCCUGUCUUUGACCAGUGUAGACGAGAUUGUUGGUGAGGAUAUUAUGCAAAACCCCGAUUUAUCGGGAGAGCCUUUCUUGAAUAUGCUGUCGCUUCCCCAACAUCCUGCAGCGAACGCGAGACAACUCAACAUCACGAGCACUGCCUUGGACUUGUGCAAGAAGUGUUUCGAAGGGUACAAGAAUGGCAGUUUUUGUCUAGAAAAAAACAAAACUGCGAAGGGACUCACGGUGCUAAACUCGCUCGUAACGUUGCUAAAGAAUUAUGAAAAACCAUUUUCUGGUGCAAGGAAUCUGCGGGAUUUUCUGGGAGCGGCACACUGGGUACCUGAUGAAAUCGCCACGUGGAUACUCAGCGCCUUCUAUGAAAGGGCACCUUCAAACGAUUACAUCAUAAAUUCGAAGGGAUUGCAGAAGCUCAUGUGCUACAUCCUGUGGUUAUCCAUUUAUCUGGCAGGUGGCAGCUACACUUAUAAUUUCACGGCACUGAAGAACGUGGACUUAAAAACCAAGAGGAGGUUGUAUCCCAUAUUCGACAAAUGCGUUCACAUUGCAGGGCUCGUCGCAACCAGCGCAGCUAAAUCUACCGCGUACACCAUAGAGCUUCCUCUUAAGUGUAUACCCAAAACCAACACGAGUGCGUUCGGUGGACUUACAAAUAGUAUCACAUCGUACGGAAAACGUUCGAGAAGGUAA